AUGGCAUCGUUCCCGGUGUUUCUGGCUGCUGUGUUGCUUUCCUUCUUUCCUGCACAUGGAGAGGAUCUCGAUAUUGAUGAUUUGUCAACGACCCAGAAAGAAGUGCAACAAGAGAUUGUAAAUAAACACAAUGACCUACGGAGAGCCGUCUCUCCGCCUGCCAGCAACAUGCUGAAGAUGAGUUGGGACAGCAAGGCAGCAGCACAGGCCCAACAGUGGGCAGACAAGUGCCAUUACAGACACAGCUCACCACAGGAUCGAGCACUCGGUCAAACUAAGUGUGGCGAGAAUCUGUUUAUGUCAAGUGAGCCUACUCUGUGGUCACAUGCAAUCCAAAACUGGUUCGAUGAGACAAAUGAUUUUGUCUAUGGUGUAGGACCAAAAUAUGAGGAUGCCAAGGUUGGACAUUAUACCCAGGUUGCUUGGUACUCAUCUUUCAAAGUUGGAUGCGGAAUGACCUAUUGUCCCAAUGAACCAACUCUAAAAUACUACUAUGUUUGCCAAUAUUGUCCUGCUGGUAAUGUUGCUAGCAGAAAAUAUACCCCUUAUCUGCAAGGAAAAUCGUGUGCCAGCUGCCCUGAUCACUGUGACAAUGGACUAUGCACCAAUUCUUGCGAGUAUGAGGAUGUGUAUAGUAACUGUAAAGAUUUGAAGAACCAAGUGGGCUGUGAACAUACUCUCGUCAAGGGCAGUUGCAAGGCUUCCUGCAACUGUUCAAACAAAAUUUAUUAA